AGUUUAUUGAACUUUCAGUUACCUAUUCAACAAAUAUAAUCAUGCCACCAAAGAGAAUAUCUAGCAAAUCUCGGAGAGUGCCAACUCCUGCCUCUCAACAAAGCAAGAGACGACGGGUAUCAACAAAUAUGGAAGCGGUCGCGACAUCUACGCCCCUAUCCCCUGAUGUCCUGGAAACCAUUACCAGACAAGUAACCGAGCGGGUCACUGCUACAAUCAGAGAGGAGUUGACAACGCUAAUAAGUAAUGUGACCAGCAGCACCACAGCCACUAGUCAGGGGAGUAUUAGUAAUAAUACUUCGGGGGUUUCUGUCAAUAAUGAUCAAGGCUUAACUAAUUCUGUUAUUUGUGGGUCAGAAUCGACUGCCCCAAGUACAUCCAAUGACCAAGCUAUUCAACAAUCUGUUGAAGCCUUGGUAAUUAACCAUACUGAAAAAAUAGCAGGUAAGAGUCCCAGUGGUUUUGUUAGUACAGCAGUCCCAAUAGAUGCUAGGGUGUCGGACCAACUCAAGUCCAAAAUAUGGUCAAACCAGUAUGUUGACUUCAUAAAACUUCUUUCAAAAGAUAAGCAGAAGAAAGGUAAGUUUUCUUUACAAGUUGAGGAUGGCGACAGUCCUGGUAAGUUGACAAUCCACCAGGUGGAGAAUGAUUCAUCAAAUGACGCAUCUGUCUCCUCCAUGCAUGACUGGCUUACUGCAUGGAACAGAUUUUCUGCAAUUUAUUGCAUGAAAUACACUGAUCAACAGGCAAAACUAGCUAAGCAUUUAGAAGCAGUCAGGGAGAUAGCAGAUGCAAAGGGCAAUUGGAAAGGGUAUGAUACAGACUUUAGAAUGCUCGUGGCUCAGGGACAAGUUGCCUGGGGGGAUGUCCACAUGGAGUUGUAUGUCAAUGCCAGACUGACAACAACCCAGACAAUGAAACCAAGCAAAGGUAGUAAAGACCUACAGUAUAGAUCAAUUCCCAAGGGUGCCUGCUUCCAAUAUCAUUCAGGUAAACACUGUCAGGCAGGAAUGUCCUGUCGUUUUCAGCAUAGAUGCUAUAACUGUGCAGGGGUUCACCCAUUUAUUCACUGUACAAAACCAACUAAGCACCCCUUUCGUGUCAUGCAAAAAUAUCAAAACCAAACAGGCAACACAAGUAAACAGUCUACCCAAACAAAAACAAACUCUACUGCCAAGCAAGGGCCCAACUCCAAUCAAAGUAAAUAGA